UUUGUAACGUCAUUUUCCUGCGUCACUCAAGCAAGGAGACUGGUUUAAUUACAUGUGAACACUUCUUGUAUUCUGAAUCAGAUUAUGAGUUUUGACUGAAGUUACAAAGUGACAUCAUGUCUUUGGGCCUAUCGCGCUGUUUAUACAGGCUCGUCUCCCAACAGCCUGGUUCUUCACGCUUCCUGUUGGGAGACCAUCACUGUGCUGUAGCGAGUCCUUGGUUUGCCCCGGUGAUGACACUGAAGACAUCUGCUCCACUAAGAGCGGAGCCCAGAAAGAAGAAAAAAGUGGAUCCCAAAAGAGAGCUAAUCUUCAGAGAGAGACUGAAAAAGAAACUGAGGAGGAUGGAAAAGGUUCCGCCUGAGCUUAUUCCUAUAGAAGACUUCAUCACACCAACAAAAUGUCUUGAUGAAACAAGGGAACGCUCUGCACCAAAACUAUCAUUUGAUGAAAGUGAGAGAAGAGCUCUUCUGUUGAAAGACUGGAGUCGAUACAAACUGAAACAGCACAUGGCUGAGGUCAAUGCUAUCGAAUGUGCUCUGGAAGCACAAAGGGAGGCGCUGAAGGAGCUCAAAUUAGAGUCUGAGGAGCUCUACCAGGCUGCACUUAAGCCAGACCUUUUUCUGUUUCCCCUGGUUCAUGAAGGUCCUGCGUACACACCGCCUAAACCUAACUAUGAAGCUCCAGAUGGAAAAUACAAUGACAUCACAAAGGUUUACACACAGUGAUGGAAAGAGUCCUCCCUGUGUGUAUUAUGUACUUUGGUUUGUGCUUUCAUUUGAGUCACUGACAGCCUGUAAGUUUAAAGGACAUUUUGCACUUUUUUUUUUAUUCAAUCAUAAAAAAUAUCAGGCUUAGAAUAGCCUCCGUUUUUUCUGUAUCAUGUGCUACAACAUUCAUGAAUGUUAUGCAUUUAAUCUUCCAAGAUGACAUCUAUAUAAACAAUAUUAAACAGUUUUAAACUUU